CUGUAUAGACGUGACCGCAGGCAUUAUUAGUCUGGUUCUCGCAACACGAGGCAGUAGCGCGAGCGAGUUCUGUCAGUCGCGGAGUGCGUGAAAGUCCUCUCUUUGAAAGAACAUCGUACACGUCGCGUUCCAUACGUACGAGGGGGGGAGCGGAGCGGGCAAAAAGGGAGGAGAGGAGAGAGAGGUUGUGUGGUGGCGGGCGUUAUGUGACUUUUUUUCGAAAGCGCGCCCGUGGAGACUGAGGAGAAAACGCCUGCUUAUACUCUGGAAAACAGUGAGACGAAAUAUAUUCGGCGGUGCAGAGCACGCUUCCAUGUAUAGGAUGCCCUGGCGCAGUCAGCUGCAGCGUGAACUCUUCUUCUGCUCUUGAGACAACGCGCGCGAGCGCGGACACUUUCUCCGUGUGUAUCAUCAUCCUACUGCCGUCGCUGCCAGAGAUUCGCUCUUCUUUCGUUCUCAGUGGAGAGAAAGACGGUUCAGCGGGUGUCGGAUACGGAAUCGUCGAACAUGAAGCCGAUGGCCGAAGGUACAGCCUGAUUUAUUCGUCGAGACUCGAAUGGAUAUAUUUGGACUGGCAUUUACAUAAGAGGUCGCUCCGUCUGUGUUCGCAGGUUUGACAAUAAGGCACCGAAAGAGAGGGGAGCGAAGAUGCUGCAGCACAUUUUCGAGUUACACGGCCGGUUCUGCGCCGGCCAUCCGCUCGAGGUGAUCGUCACGACGUUCACCCUGACGGCCUGUAUGCUCAACAUGGAAACUGCCACUGGUGGUCCUGCCACUGUCCGGGACGGUAGUCUGCCCGUCUCCACCACCGGACACUGCUACCACGGACGAUGCGCCUCCGACGACUUGAAUGCCGCGGACGUCAUUCUGAUGACAAUGAUUCGUUGCUUGGCCAUUCUUUUCAGUUAUCACCAGUUCCGCAAUCUCCAGAACCUCGGAUCCAAGUAUAUUUUGGGAAUCGCGGGUCUCUUCACCAUGUUCUCGAGCAUCAUCUUCACCUCGAGCGUGCUCAACUACGGCCGCAGCGACAUUUCCGACUUGAAAGACGCCCUGUUCUUCUUCCUGCUGGUGAUCGAUCUGAACAAGGCUGGGAUCCUGGCGCAGCUGGCUCUGAACUCGAAGAAUCAGGACGAAGUGCGCGCCAACAUAGCCCGUGGUAUGAGGCUCCUCGGACCAUCGGUCACCCUGGACACCCUCGUCGAGGUCCUGCUCAUAGGGAUCGGCUCGCUCUCGGGCGUUAGGCGACUGGAGAUACUCUGCGGUUACGCUUGCCUCGGAGUCGUCGUCAACUACGUCGUCUUCAUGACGUUCUAUCCAGCUUGCCUUUCUCUCGUACUCGAGCUCUCGCGCAGCAGCAACGACAAGUUCCCGAUGACGCACGCGGGCCUGCUUAACGAGGAAGACCAGAAGCCGAAUCCGGUGGUCGAGCGGCUCAAGCUCAUUAUGAUCGCCGGCCUCUUCGUCGUCCACGCGCACAGCCGCUGGCCGUUCCGCAAUGAGGACGCCGAGGAGACGAUAGACGAGAGCGUGUCGACCGUCAGCCCGAGCAUCCUGCUGACCAAUCGCAACAAGACCGAGGCGCCGCCCGAUCUCAAGGGCUAUCUCAUGAACUGGCUGUCGGUUAGCGCGGACAACAUAGUCAUCCUGAUCCUGCUGCUGGCUCUGGCCAUCAAGUUCAUCUUCUUCGAGGACCGGGGCGAGAUAGUGCGCCAGCUGCGCUUCGCCGAGGACGAGGAGCAGCUCACGAGGCGCAGCGUCUGCGAGGACGGCGUCAGCGGCGCGGACAUGGAGAGCAAGCUCCGCCAGAGAUUCGCCUCGGCCAUGUCGGGCUUGGGAGCCGAGGGCAGGCACUCGACGGUCUUCCCGCUCUCGGGUAUGGCCGGCGAGGCUGACUGGAUCGAGGUCGGCUCGGCCGAUCCCGAGCUCCAGCUCGUCGACAAGGAGGUCCAGACGGAGGACAAGCUGAUGCUCGAGCAGAAGCCCAGCUCGUCCAGCAGCGAGGCGCUCGACUGCCCCAAGCCGGAGACGUCCAGGAGCCUCGAGGAGUGCGCUUCCAUUUACCGAUCGGAGCUGGGAGCCAACGCGCUGACGGACCAGGAGGUCAUCCAGCUCGUCAAGCACAAGCACAUCCAGGCGUACCAGCUGGAGAAGGCCGUGGGCGACAUGGAGCGCGGAGUUGGAAUCCGGCGAGCGAUCCUCGGCGACUACGGCAAGUUCAGCGACAACCUGCAGGAGCUGCCCUACCGCAACUACGACUACAGCAAGGUGCUGGGCUCCUGUUGCGAGAACGUCGUCGGCUACGUGCCCGUGCCGGUGGGCAUCGCCGGCCCGCUCAAGGUUGACGGGGAGCUCAUACACGUGCCCAUGGCCACGACGGAGGGCUGCCUCGUCGCUUCGACCAACAGAGGAAGCCGCGCCCUGACGGGCUGUGGCGGUGUCACAAGCAGAGUCGUCGCCGAUGGCAUGACGAGAGGACCGGUGGUGCGCUUCCCCAGCAUCACUCGCGCCAGCGAAGCCAUGACGUGGAUGCAGACGCCGGAAAACUUCGAGAAGAUGAAGAGCAGCUUCGACGAGACCAGUCGAUUCGCCCGCUUGACCAGAAUCCAGGUACACAUAGCGGGCCGACAUCUGUUUAUCCGAUUCGUGGCCAAGACCGGCGACGCCAUGGGCAUGAACAUGCUGUCGAAGGGUACCGAGAAGUCGCUGCACACGGUGCAGGAGACGUUCACCGACAUGGAAAUCCUCUCGCUGAGUGGCAACGUCUGCACGGACAAGAAGCCCGCUGCGGUCAACUGGAUCGAGGGUCGCGGCAAGAGCGUGGUCUGCGAGGCCAUCAUUCCCGCGGAGAUCGUCUCCUCGAUACUCAAGACCACCACGCACGCACUGGUCGACGUCAACAUAUGCAAAAACAUGAUCGGCUCCGCCGUAGCGGGUAGCAUAGGUGGCUUCAACGCGCACGCCGCCAACAUCGUCACAGCCAUAUACAUCGCAACGGGCCAGGACCCAGCACAGAACGUCGGUAGCAGUAACUGCAUGACCUUGAUGGAACCCUGGGGUCCAGACGGCAACGACCUGUACGUGUCGUGCACGAUGCCCAGCAUCGAGAUCGGUACCGUCGGCGGUGGCACGGGUCUUCCGGCACAGGGAGCUUGCCUGGCUAUGCUCGGCGUCAGGGGGGCAAACGCCGAGGACCCUGGACGUAACGCCAACAAAUUGGCGAGGAUCGUCUGCGCGACCGUUCUCGCCGGCGAGCUCUCCCUCAUGGCUGCUCUGACGGCCGGACACUUAGUUAAGAGUCAUCUCAGGCACAACAGAUCGUCGACCGCAGUGAGUAGUUCGAUAAGCUCGUCGACAAUGCCAAAAAGGGAGCUGGGAGUGAAUCUGACCGUGCCAAGCGUUCUGCCUGCUAUGCAAUCGUCAUCAGUCUGUACAAAUGCCAAACAUGGCUCGUAGCGAUAGUUGAGCACGUUUCUGUGUUUUUUUUGUGAUUGCCAUUAUUAGUGAUCCGCUCGCCGAUCGCUAACGAGAACGAAUCAAUGAAGAUUAAAGACUUUUCGAUUAACUCGAAUAAUGAUAAUAAUAACGAUAAAAAAAAAAAGGACAAAGUACUUGGUUUCGAAGCACAAGUCUUCCAGCUCGUAUGUUUCUUUUUUGAUAGAAGUGUGAAAGUUUGAUGAGCAGACGUGAUUUUUUAUGCUAUUGAUGUAAAAAUAAUGUAAAGAAAUGAUAUGGAAUAAGCAGGUGUCGCCAAAGUCUGACAUUUUUAUGUAUCUUGCAGAGUUGUUGUUUUUUUUUCUCAAUGCUGUCAAAGAAGUAUUAGAUAGGAGAAAAUAAUCAAUUAUUCAAUCAUGAGCACUCUUAAAAGCAUUCGAAUUACUUAUUCUAUUGCCAAUUAUCUUGUAAUUAGUAAUUAGCUUAGUGAACUAUCGUAUUUAUUAUUUACAAAUUAGUUGAUAAUCAGAUGCGUAAUUUAAUUUUAGGAGUGUACAUGUCUGCUGCCAAUGGCAGCGAUGCGAUUUGUUCUUACAUAAAUUACUAUCAAAUUAUCCGAACAGAGCGUCAUUAUACACGUUUGCCUAUUAGAAUAAAUGAUCUGAAUUUUCGCAGCAGAAUUUCGUAGACUUGCCAUUUCUUUCGACUCGACGAAUUCUUUGUAUACAACUGCUUGAAAGUGUGUGUAGUUAAGAAUCGAUAUCAGUGCAAUGUUCGCGAAAGUUAAAGUGCAACGAGCGUUUAGAUUUAUAAAAAUAAAAACUAUGUAUAUGUAAUCUACUGUUAAUGGUUUCGAUGAAACGAAACGAGUAAAAUACAUGUUAAGCGUUCAAAUCGAAACGCGAUGCGAUUCGUAGUUUCGGUUGCCUAAAAUCUGCGCAAACAUUUUUAUUCUAGAGUUAAUAAAUUAUUAAUUGCGCAUUACUAGUUAAAAGGUUUAAAAAAAGGCGGAAUUUUGUUAUGUUCUAUAAUUUAAGUAUAAAAAAGUCUUAUAAUACACUAUUCUUUAACAUGCGUAUGAGGUUUCUGGCAUACUGAAAAAUUUACGUAACAAAAUAAUGAAAUUAAAUAAUUAAUUUACAAAAAUAAAUGCUAAUUUUA